AUGGCGGGGAAGAGCGAGCGUGGCAAGGAUGUGGUCAACCUGGAGAAUCUGUUACUGCGCGGGGCGCUGCAGCAGUACUACCAGCAGAAGUCGCUGGAGGGCGAGGAGGAGCUUAAUCGCCCAACGACGAAUGCAGUUAAACGCAGCAGAUGUGAUCAUAGAGCCGCGUGGCCUUGCCAGGUGUGCUCGAAGUUGUGGCGCCCCGCCCUCUCGCGAAACAGCCCACCCAGCCGCAUACCCAGCCCUCCCUCUCCCAAACCACAAAACACCUUCUCCCAAGUCCCAGCCCACCUUCUCCCAAGUCCCAGCCCACCUUCUCCCAAGUCCCAGCCCACCUUCUCCCAAGUCCCAGCCCACCUUCUCCCAAGUCCCAGCCCACCCACUCUUCCCAAACCCUGCACGCACCACUCCCACCCUUCCCCUGAACCCCCGCUCUCCCCUUCGACAACGCCAGCCAUGUGUCUAGCGCUCCUGGCACCAACGUCGAACUCUGAGGCGCCACCGUAUCGACCUCGCCUAGCUACGGGCCUCCGUGGCCCACUUCCUCAGGGGAACGGGGUCAAGGCGCCGUUCCUGACCUGCUUCAACGGGAAGAGGUUGUCCUAA